AUGCACCACAUCGCGAAAAGCGAGUGGAUUGCGUGGGGCGCCGCUGCAGCGUGUGCAACGGCUGCGGGGUGCCUCAGCGGGGUCGGUUCCGCGCCUGGAUCGGCCCGGGAGCUCGACUUGCGGCACAGCAAUGCGCAGCGGCCCCUGCCGGAUCCUCCCGGCAAUUCGCGCGCGAUGCGCGCGACGGACCGCCUCUCCUACUCCGCAGCGUCUCUGGCUGAGUCAGUUGCUGCCUGGGACUCACCGCUGGCGCGGAAAGUCCUCCCGUACGCGCCCGUCGGGACGCUCCGCUGGCUGAUCGCCUCCGCGACCGAGUCCCCGACGGAUACCGUCGGCAGCGUGGCGCUGCGCGCCCUCUGCCGCGCCCUCCACAGCCCCGGUGCGUCGGACGCCCUGCUGUCGCGGGGCACGCUGGUGUCCGCGUUGUUGCGCGGGCUGGAAUUCGCGUACGACGACGACGAGCGCGAGCGCGGCGCGGAGGGCCGCGCGUGGGUGCCGCUGUCCCGCGGCCACGGGUUCCCUGGUCUGUCGGAGCUGGGGGGGAGUCUUCUGGUGGCGACGCGGAGUCAGGGGGGGGGGUUCGUGGACGCGUGCACGGAGAACGAGGUGCUGGCGAUGGCGGGGACGCUCGCGCGGACGCAGUCGCGGGCGUGCGCGGAGGUGGCGCUGUGGGCGCUCGCGCAGCGGGUGGUGGGGGAGGGCAGGGAGGCGCAGCGGGCGCGGGCGGCCUUCCUCGGUGCCGGCGGCGCGGCGGCGGUGACGCGGGUGAUGGAGAUGAUGGUGCGGGGGAUGUCUGGCGGGGACACGCACGCCGUGGCGCUGCUGGCGGAGGUGGUGGGGGCGCUGGCGGGCAGUGCUGACUCAGCGGACAGCGUGGGGGGGUUGGCGGGGCGGUGGUGCCGGCGGAUGAACGUGGCGUGCCGGCACGUGGCGCGGGUCGGUGACGCGGAGGGUGCGGCGGCGGCGGCCGCUGCGACGGGGGCGUGUUUCGCGGCGUUCGCGCGGUUGGAGGGGGACUCACCGGAGUCAAGGAGGGCGCUGUCUGACAUAGCGCAGACGCUGACGGAGGUCGUGGGGCUCGUGGAGCGCCGCUCGAAGGAAGCGCAGCGGUCGGAGAGCCCCUCGGUCAGGCUCGAGGCGCGGCGCGUGACGCCGGCGAUGCAGACGGCCGUGGCGCGAGCCGCGCGGUCGCUCUCCGCGCUCGGCCCGGGCGUCGUCGCCGACGAGAGCCUUUCGUCCGACAUCUCGUCGGUGACCGACGCGCUGCUGACGUGGACGCUCUACGCCAGCGACGCGGCCGCGGCGUCCGCGCCGCACGCGCGCGACGAAGCCGUCGCGGCGCUCUCCGCCCUCUCGGACUCCGGCGGCGACCUCGGCCUGCAAGUCGCCCACCGAUGGCUCGCAGGCAUCCUGACUCAUGUUUGCGACGAGCUCGACCGCGUGAUCCGCCGCAUCCCGCCGAGCGGCGCGGCUACGGACGGGGAACCACAGAGCGACGACUCGGCGUCGUGGUCGGGCUACGCGUGGCGGUUCGUCCCGAGCUGGCGCGCGGUGGCGUCGGUGGGCCAUUACGUGCCGUGGUGGCUCGGCGGUGGCUCGGGUGCGUCGGGCGACGGCGCGGGCGGUGCGGAGACGGAGGGGCCCGCGGGGGCGGGCGGCGCGGUGGCCGCGGGCGCGGCGGCGGUGGAGGAGUUGUACCAACACCCCCCGGAGGGUCUCAUCGACGUCAUGCGCGGGCAGCUCGCGGAGGCGCGCGAGGCCGCCGCGCGCCUGCGCCGCGCAGUGCGCGUCUGGGCCUUCCCGUCCGCGCCCUCGCCCGCCGUCGCGGAGAUAGUCGGCCCCGACGCCAUGCUGGUGUAUCCCGAAGCAGCGUUCGAGAUUGACCGCGUCGUGGCGACGGUGGCGGCGUCCGGCGCGCUGAAGGCGCUCGCGGACCUCGCGCUCGACUCGCCCGUCCUCCAGGACUGGCUCAUCGAGGGCUCGCUGCUGCGCGUGCUUGAGACGAUGCUGUUGCCUGCGCCGUGGCGCCCGACGGAGGACGCCGCGCAGCUCCCGCCGGCGCCGCUGACGCUGCAGCAGCGCGCGGCGCGCGUGCUCGCGGUGCUCGCGCUGCACCGCGGCGCGCGGACGACGCUGCGCGCGUCGCCGCGGCUCGUCGACUGGUUGCGGAGCGGCGCGGGGAGUAGCGACCUCGUUCUGGCGUCGUCGUGCGCGCGGGCGCUGCUGCACCUCGAGGGCACGGCGGCGGACGACAGCGCGGGCGCGCGGCUGCUCGUGCACCACCCGGCGCUCGCGGCGCUGGAGCGGGUAGCAGCGCAGGUGCGGUCGGCGGUGGCGGACGUGACGGAGGCGGCAACGGGCGGGGACGAGGAUGGGGGCGCGGAGGGCGAGGGUGCGCACGUGCCGUUCUUUCUGGACGGCGUGCAGCUGAUGGAUCCUCUCAGCGGGCACCACGUGGCACUGGCGGGGUUGCACGAGGGUGUGGUGGCGACGACGGGGCGGUGGGGCGGGAGCGACGGCGCGUGCUUGGUGAGUCUGGAGACGGAUCCGGCGGAGGGGCCGUUCGUGCGGUCGGGGCCCGGGUGGGCCGCGCCGCCGGUGCGGAAGCGGGGGUGGCGUGUGGCGGUGCCGCUGUCGGAGCUGUGGCGGCGCGGGCAGGGCGUGGGGGGCGAGGAGCCCGCGGCAGACAUCGUGUUCCUGCACGGGAUCAACGGGGACGCGUUCCGGACGUGGCGGAUCAUGAACGAGGAGACGACGCGCACGUGGCUGCAAGGGUCAGUCUCGAGGACGUCCUGCUGGCCGACGGCGUGGCUCAGCCCCCUGUACCCCGGAGCCAGGCUCUUGUCAUACGAAUACCCCGCUCUGAUGCAAGACUGGUCUGGCGGCGUGCCGGUCCUGGAGGACAUCUCGCGGCUCGCGCUGUCCAAGCUCAUCACCGCCGGCGUCGGCGAGCGGCCCGUGGUCUUCGUCGCGCACUCCCUCGGGGGUCUGUUGGUGAAACAACUCCUGGUGCAGGCGGCGGCGAGCAGCGACCCCGCCACGCGCCGCCUCGCCGACGCGGUCCGCGGCUGCGUCUUCUUCAGCGUGCCGCACUUCGGCUCCUCCUGGGCCUCGCUCGGCUGGGCGCUGCGGUGGUCGGCCAAGAUUCCAAUCAUGGGCUUCGCGCCCUCCGCACUCCUGAAAAACCUAUCUCCAGGCGACCACCUCGAAGACCUCAACCGGCGCUUCGGCGCGCUGACGCGCAGCAAGGCGUUCCCCGUCCUGUCGUUCCUCGAGGGCAAGAAGACCUCCGUCUCGCUCGGCGGCACCGGCGUGAAGCCCGCGUCGCAGGCGGCGGCCGAGCGCGGGGCGCGCGCGGAGCCGGCGCGGCCCGAGGCGGACAAGGGCGGGAGCUGGAUGGCGUGGCUGGGGACGUCGGUGACGCCCGUGACGUGGGAGUCGGGGUUCCCUGGAUAUGGGGACUUCGUGGUGCUCAAGGAACAUGAUCACAUAACUGCAAAUAAGCCGCUGGACAAGGAGGACCCGGUGUACACGCGCACGGUGGGGUUCCUCGACCGCACGGUGCCGGAGACCAAGGCGCGGGCGUGA